AUGUCUCACCCAACAGUAAUAUCCGAUGAAGAAGAAGAUUCUGUAGAACUAUAUAAUGGAUUUGGUUCACAACCUAUUAGUAGGAAUCAAAUGAGGACACGAAAAAGAUGGUCAUUCCACGAAAAUUCAAAACCUAAUCUUGUAGAUUCACCACUACAGGCUAUUCCUAGAAGAUUAAGUGACAUAACUGGAGUAGAUGGAGUACAUAAACAAAUUGAUCCAUUAAGUGAAUUGGGUGGAGCUCAAUUAUAUUCUACUGAAUCAGGUAGAUUAUUUCAUGCUGGGAAAAUCAUUAUAGCAUUAGCUGGAUUACCUGGAAGAGGUAAAACACAUUUAUCUGUUUCAUUAACAAGAUAUUUACGAUGGUUAGGUGUUAAAACUCAUUCUUUCCAUUUAGGUGAUUAUAGAAGAGCAAGUGCUGAAGAUGAUUUAACUCAUGAUUUAUUUGUACCAACUCCAAAGAGUGAUAAAGCUCAUGCAUUAAGAGAAAAAGUAGUAAAUGAAUGUUUAAAUGAUAUUUUAAAUUUUUUUAAGAAUGAUAAGGGACAAGUUGCAAUUUAUGAUGCAGUAAAUGCAAAACCAGAAUUUAGAAUUCAAUUACAUGAAAAAUUUAGUAAAUUAAAUAUUCAAGUAUUAUUUAUUGAAAGUUUAGUAACUGAUGAUUCAAUAGUUAUGAAAAAUAUAGAAGAAGCAGCUAGAUCUUCUCCAGAUUAUAAAGAUUGGGAUUAUGAAAAAGCAUAUAAGGAUUAUAGUGAAAGAAUUAAUGCUCUAGCGCCAUAUUAUCAAGAAAUGCAAAGUAAUGAUUUAGAAAAGCAAUUAUCAUACAUCAAAUUCAUUAAUUUCGGUGAAAGAAUAGAAUUGCAUAAUUCAAAUUAUGGGUAUUUGAUAAAUAAAGUCGUAUUUUAUUUAAUGAAUGGUAGUAUCAAAUCAGGUUCAGUGUUUUUGGCAAGAUGUUAUAAGAAUUCCUUAGAUUACAAUUUUGAUCCACCACUAGAUGAUGAAGGAACUAGAUAUGCUAAAAAUUUAACAAACACUUUAAUUGAACAAUUAAAAUCCGAAGGUAAAACAUAUUUGGAAAAAAUAGUUCCAACAAGUAAACCAAAACUUCAAAGAGAAUUAUCGGUUGAUGAAAGACAACCUGCAUUAGGAAUGGAUGGAGUAGAUGAUAAUUCGUUAGUUAUAUGGACAUCAGUCAAGAAGAGGACUGUUGAAACAACACAAUUUUUGAAAGAAAAGAAUAUAAAUGUAAGACAUAGAAUACAAUUGUCCCAGAAAAAUCCAGGUAUAGUUGGAAGUAUGUCUGAUGAAGAAAUUGCAGAAAAAUAUCCAGAUGAAUAUAGUCAAUAUAUAAAGGAUCCAUAUCAUUACAGAUUUUCAAGAGCUGAAAGUUAUCAUGAUUUAGCUAUAAAGAUUGAACCUUUAAUUUUAGAAAUGGAAAGAAUGAGUGGUGAUAUAUUAAUCAUAGCUGAUGAUACGAUAUUAAAAGUGUUGUAUGGUUACUUAUUAUCUUGUUCAUGUUAUGAUAUUCCGACAUUGAAUUUUAAAACAGAUGAGAUAAUUGAGAUAAAAUUUAAUGCUUAUUCAAAUACUGCUAAUAGAAUUAAGAUAAAAGAUUUUGAUGAAAAGGUUGAGUAA